AUGUCUCAUGUAGAAAAACCAAUGAAGAUAUCAAAGCAGCUAAGGUUACGAGCCCAAGAAUUCCUGGCUAAUAGGAAAAAUAGCGAUAUUUUGCAUGAAAUUGUGCAAAAUUUUUCUUCUGGAUCGGAUCAACAAUCAUGUUUACUAACUUUGGAACUAGUAUUUUCGACUCUUCUAAAGGAUAGGGAGAUGUUUGUGGAAAUUGUACCUCUGAAGCCCAUGACAGAUACCCAAGAGAACCGGUAUAAACAAUGGUUGCGGAAUAUUUAUGAAGAUGUGUUUGUUAAAAUUUUAGCUACAAUGGAAAAUGGCUCCCAUAAACUACAAGUACAAGGUUUAUCAACAGCCAUGAAUUUGCUGUCUUGUGAAGGAAGAUUCCCAUUAGAAACAAAAGAUUCCUUUGACAACUAUGUACCACUGCACAAAUUAAAACAGAUCUUAAUGAAAAUUCUUUCAAACAAACAAAAUAAUGCACAUCUGAUUAAUAAAUAUACAGAAUAUCUGUUGUUUGAUGAUAUUUUAUUCUUUACUUGGAAGAUAUUCCCAUCUUUAACUGCCAAAUCAAAACCUAAUGAGGUGUAUAUCAUGAACUAUUUACUGUUGCUUGAAAAACUGCAAGUUCACCAAAACUUGGAAACAAAAAUUUUAUGUGGAGAAGAAAAUGUUAUGUUCUUCACAUUUGAUGAAUCAGUUCCUAUAAAAAGUUUGAAUAAAAUUUGGCAUUGUGUCAUGCAAUGGGAUCAUACACCACCAACACACAAGCAGAUGCUGAUAGUAUUAUUAGAGAGAGUUUUGACUCACUUGGAGAGACCUUUACUGCUCACUGAUUUCUUGAUGGAUUCUUUGGAUGUAGGAGGUCCUAUCAGUCUUUUAGCUCUACAAGGCAUAUUUACCAUGAUUCAGGUACACAACUUAGACUAUCCAAACAUCUUUAUCAAGCUCUACUCAAUGUUUGAACCAGAAAUAUUUCAUACUAAAUACAAAGCUCGUCUAUUCUACUUAUCAGAUCUGUUCCUCAGCUCCACUCAUCUCCCUGAGAACCUGGUUGCAGCUUUUAUCAAAAGAAUGGCUCGUUUGGCUUUAAUAGCCCCUUCAGAGGACAUCAUUAUUAUAUGCCAUUUCAUAGGAAACCUAAUUCUGAGACAUCCAGGCCUUAAGUGUCUGCUGAACAACACAGAGCACAUAACAGCCAAUACUGACCCAUACAUCAUGGAUGAAAGAGACCCUGUCAAAUCAAACGCCAUCAUCAGUUCUCUAUGGGAGAUACAGUCACUACAAAGCCAUGUAGUACCAAGUGUUUCUUCUGCUGCCAAAUUCAUCAACACACCCCUACCUUCGGUAGAAUGGGAUUUGAGUAAAGACUUAGAUAAAACAGGUGAAGAUAUGUUUGAUAGAGAAGUUAAAAAGUUUAGUAAGUUGAUAGUUUUGCAAUUUGAAAAGCCCAAUGGGGCAUCUAUUGGGAAGGGUGAGCGUCUUCUUCAAUUCUGGAAUUUGUAAUUUGUGGGUGGAUAUGUUUGGAUUUAAUAUUUCCAAUUAAAUGAUGAUGGGAAGGGAAAAAGAUGUGAAUAGAUUUUUAUAUUUUAGAGUAACUCGAAUUAGGGGGGUUUUAUAUUGUUCUUAAUAGAAUAAAAUGCUUUUUUAGUAAGUAGGGUCCAUUUUUGUAUACUCUCAUAGAAAAUGAACUACAUAAUAUAUAAAUUUUACCACAUGUAUUGAAGUUUUAAGGUAAAUGUGGG